GGCCGCGAGACACGGUGCGGCGGGGCUGCGGCGGGGAGCGCGGCUCCGUGGGGACCCCCCAACUCAGUGGGGACCCCCUGCCCGGUGAGGAACCCCUCCCCGGUGGGGACCCACCGGGGGCCCCUUGCCCGGUGGGGACCGCUGUCCAGCGGGACCCCCUGCUUGUUGGGGACACCCUUGCUUGUUGGGGACCCCCCCACUCUUUGGGGACCCCCCCACUCUUUGGGGACCCCCCCGGUCGUUGGGGACCCCCCCGCUCUUUGGGGACCCCCCCGGUCGUUGGGGACCCCUUGCCCCGCCGGCGGGGCGGUCUCGGCGGCACAUCAUGGGCAGCCUCCAGCUGCAGGACUUCGCAGCGGGCUGGGUGGGCGGAGCUGCCAGUGUGGUUGUGGGUCACCCCCUGGACACCAUCAAGACCCGUUUGCAAGCUGGACAAGGGUAUGGAAAUACACUCAACUGUGUUCUCACCGUGUACAGAAAUGAGUCUGUGGCCGGCUUCUUCAAAGGCAUGUCCUUCCCGCUGGCCAGCAUCGCUGUCUACAGCUCCGUGGUGUUCGGCGUCUUCAGCAACACGCAGCGGCUCCUCAGCCAGCUCCGCCACGGCGACCCGGCCCACGCGCCGGCACUCACCGACGUGGCUUUGGCCAGCGUGGUGGCAGGGUUUGUCUCCGUGGGCAUAGGCACUCCUGUGGACCUGGUAAAGAUAAGGCUACAGAUGCAAACACAGCCGUACACGGAAGAAAACAUUAAACUAAAGCCCACGGUUCCUGGAUUUCCUGUGUACAGAGGCCCAAUUCACUGCUUUAGGACAGUUCUACAGAAAGAGGGUAUAGCAGGAAUAUACAGAGGUGCGGGAGCAAUGCUUCUGAGGGAUGUUCCUGGGUACUGCCUCUAUUUCAUCCCUUACACAUUUUUCUGUGGCUGGAUUACCCCUGAUGGAUGCAUCUCCCCUAAUCCCUCCUCCAUCUGGCUGGCAGGGGGUGUAGCAGGAGCCAUUUCCUGGGGGACUGCUACUCCAAUGGAUGUUGUGAAAAGUCGACUUCAGGCAGAUGGAGUUUAUUUAAACAAGUACAAAGGGACCCUUGACUGUAUCUUGCAGAGCUACCAGAACGAGGGCUUAAAACAUGGGGCUUCUGAUGCCAAAAAUGAAGAAGAAUCAGCUCUGCUGGGACAAGAGGACUCUGGUGGCACUGCCAGGAGAGGCUGAGGGAUAACCACCUCAUAUGCAGAGGGACGUGCAGCAUGAGAGGACAAUCUGGGACAACACUAUCCUCUGGGAAAUGUAUAGUUUCCGCCUCUCUCUUCCUCUGGAGAAGAGCUCUGGGGAAAAAGCUCAGCGAUGGCAGUUUUAGCAGAUGCCCUCAAUAAAGGUUUCUGAGGACAACCUGGAGCAGCCGUCCAGUUUUCCUCCAUAAAAGGAGGAGAAGGAAAGAGAAAUUCCUGCAUCCUCUUCCCUGGAUGAAUGGAGGAAUUGGCUACAAGACUUGAAGACCUCAGCAGAAAGUGCCUAAAAACUCAGGUCUGGAGAAGUACUCAGAAAUGGGGCCCCCAACCUUGGGCUACUCUUCACUGGGACCCAAAUUAAAAACAGAAGUGUCGCUUCCCCCAAAACUGGCCUUAAAAAGUGGGAGAAACAGCUGGUGUUACCUCAUCUAAGGACUUGCAGGUGAGGAGGCUCACAGUGCCUUUGAGCUUGGCAAGAACACAGCGAACCAUUUUUGAUAAACAGUAUGGAUAAAAUUAAUGAGCUUUCACACAAGUAUUUGUUGUUGGCCGCAUUUAAAGAUUCAUCCUUUCCAUGUUACCUAUUUUAAUGCACAUACAUCAAACGUUCUUUAGAUGCAUAAUAUCAUAUGUCUCCAGGGAUAAUAACUGGGGAGACUGUUUUUUCAAUGCAAGUAAAUGGUGUUGCUUAUCUGCCUGCAUUAUGUCAAAUGGACCAUAAAUUAAUUAAACUGAUGAGGUUUGCAACAAGCUGUUUAUCUGUAUGAACCUGCCUUCACAGUGACCAGGUUUGGUCUGUUAAAGCCCUGAGACGCAUGUUGGAGUUGCAUGGUGAUUUUUCCUGAUAUUCUUCAUCCAAUUAAACCAGUUUUGAGAUGGAAA